UGUACCUCACGGGGCCGUUGCGCACAUUGAAGAGAUCCUUCAUGAGAUGGAAACAUCUUCAACUACACAAAGGGUGGAUCCUCAUGCAAAAUGGCUCAGAUACACUAAGAUCAUGACUCAUACUUAUCGGAUUUUCUUUCCAUAUAAGCGUCCGUUCCACUUCUCUGUCAUUAAUUCAAUCUUGUGACCAUAAUAAGCAUUGAGACUCAGCUUCAUCACGCAUCAUUUUCCCGCCCGUUUUCCUCGAAAAAUGGAGGUUUUCGUCGAGCCCCAAGAAGGAAGUCCUUUCUGCAUUCGAAUUGGUUGCUCGGACACGGUCCUGGAGAUCAAAGCAAAGAUCGAAAAACACCGAGGAAUACCCGUCUAUAGACAAACUUUGGUCUUCGACAACGAGACCCUCGACGACGAGCUCGAUGUUGAGGGCUGCAACAUCCUAGAUGGCUCCCGCGUCUGGCUCAUUGUCGCGCCUGAGCCGCCUCAAUCUGCUAAAAUUGAGUUAUGUGUGGGGACGCUGCCAUCCGUAAUGCGGCUCCCCAUAGAAGUUCAAGUGAAUGACCCUGUGAAACGCUUGAGAGAGGUUGUCCGGUCCCUGGAAGACGUCUCUCUUGAGCGGGUGAAGCUGUAUGCGGAUGGAACUGAACUUGAAGAUGGUCGCCGGAUAUGCGAUUACGAGCUUCAGGAUAAUUCCAGUGUGGACGUGCGCAUCAAGCCUCCGAAGUUCAUGGUGAUGGUGUUGCCGUGGAAAGCCGACCUCAAAGUAGCGGUGGAAGUGAAACAGUUGGAUAAAGUAAAAGUCCUGAGGAAGGAGCUCGAGAAGCUGCAGCCGAGCCUGGAGCUCGAUCUUCCCUCGGAGGGGUACUUUUUCAUACAUAACCAGAGUGGGAUGGACGAAGAUAAGUCGUUCCAAUGGCACGGCGUCGAGAUGGGCGACACUAUUGAGGUUUUCAGGGGGACGAUUUCGCGAUGAGGCCUGGUUUUCGCAUCCAAUGGGCGGUUUCACUGGGAGAUCUAGAGCAUGAUGACAAUAAAGUUCUUAGUAUGAAUACAGGUUAAAAGUCAGGUCUAGUGACAAAUGCAAUUCCCUCUUACCUUUUAUGUCGGCGUUAUCAGGUUUUCUAGGUUCCAUUCUACUUUCUUCCUUUUCCAUUUUUGUGGUCGUUAUUACUCUCUUCUUAUAUAAGUGUCGUUAAGAACAUCAUUU